CCAUCGACCCCGUCACUCCUCUCCACCAAUGAGCCGAUAGCGACAACGACCUCCUCCAACCAUCACCCAUCACCCGUCCUCCUCGACGACUCACCUCAUCACACCUUCAUCAUGCUUCCACCACAGACCCUUCAUCAAUCCGCCCGGCGACGGUCCCUCUCCCUUUCGGCCCUCUCGGUAGCUUCCAUGACCUCCGCCUCACAUCUCCGCUCAUGUCCUGCCUCGACUCGGAAUCAUAUCAGGACGUUGUGUCUCUCUCAUCACGCCGCCGCCGUCACCGCUACCACCACCACCACCAUCACCUCUCACCCGAGCUCAAAUUCAAUCGAGAGCCGUCGGGCUCGUCACCAGGCUGUCGCUCAUCGACUCCACCAGCGGCCCGCGAGCCAUUGGGCGAACAACAACAACAACGAUCGCGGCAAAGCUGCCGAAGCUGCAAACCUCGCCUCGCAACCGGCAAGUGAGUUCGCGAAACAGUCCAACCAGACGACCGAUGGCUUCAAGGCGUCACAUCACGAGCAGGCCCGGAAGUCACAAAUGGCAGCUCUGCGCCGCAGUGUUGCGGAAGACCCUUACGAGGCCGUGUUUGGCAAGCGCGCCGAGCCCUUGUGGAAUGCCCUGAUGCCAUCAUGGCUACGCGAUGAGGCUGCCGUGGCCACUUCCACGUCAUCUUCCGAACCUCGCGAGCAAGAACGCGCACAGCGACGUCUGCAGCUGCUGCGCGAUGCUGCCGCCAGUGUCGCGCGAGACGCAGCCGGCCUCGAACGUGGUCGCUCAGACCGUCGAUCGUUCUCCGUCGCAUCCAAGCCAAACGCCUCGGCCGACUCCGCGGUGGAGGAUUCACCCAACGGUCAGCUCUCCACUUACUCGUACGCCGCCGCCAAAUCGACCAGCUGGGAUUCAUGGACGAACAAGGCCCGUCGUGCCGAGUGGGACUCGGAUUCGGGCGAGACUCGCGUUUUCGAGUAUGAUCCCAUCUCCAACCGGAUGGUGGACGUCCUUGCUCUGAAGAAGGACAAAGAGGGCGGAUCCCAGGACUCGACGGCGAGCGCGACUCAACCCGGAUCGGUGGAACCUGCACAGAAGGCGCAAGUCGAUGCAUUGGCGAACGUCCAGAGCGGAGAAUCCGUCGAACGGUUGGCCAAAUCGAUGGACGCAACGAGACAGUCCUCGGACGAACCCGCCAUCUCCACCGAAUUCGAGCAGGACCUUCAUCUGUACAACAUCCGAGGCCGUGCAGCUGACACAUCGAAUCCGGCACUUCGCAGGAAAAUCUCCCCCUCCCCACCAAACGGCCGUCGUAGAUCUCCCAAGCCUGCCACCCUCAAGGACAACUUCAAUCCUCUGGAUGUCCUGCUCGACACACUCGGCGCUGAAGUCAACGCCAAGAAUGCUGCAAGUGCCAUUCAUUCUCCCAAGCGCACAGGUUGGGAUGAAGCUGUCGACGAUCUCGCCCUUUCGCGGGAAUUGGAGAAACUUCGUCUCGCAGACGAUCAUGCCACAUCGACAUCCACCUCAUCGGCCAGCGUCUCGGCGACCCCCACUGUCGCCGCUCUGCAUGCCCGUCGCGCUGCCGCCGAGGUCCGCAAGGCUUCCGACCAGGCAGCCCUCGAGGCCGCCAAACGUGCUGCUCGCGAUGCUCGUUUCCUGCAACAGGAUGACUACUCCUCGAAGGCCAGCGGUGUCGCGUCCGUAGGCGCACCUGCGUCUGCGGAAGAUGAGUACGCAGAGGGUCUCGCAGCGCAGGAGCGGAUCAAAUGUCUCGAGGACGCCGCCCGCCGGAGCGCCAUGGAACUCGAAAAGGCACGUCUGGAAGUGGGAAGUGUUCUCCUGAGGGAGCGAGAGAUGGGUCAGGGACUGAAGACGAGACUGGCCGCCAGAGCCAGGACCCCUGGUGCUGGUGCUGGUUCCGGUGCUGCAAGUUCAGCUGGAUCAGCUGCCGGUGGCGCUGCUGGAAACGGUGGCGACGGCGACGGGAAUGACAAAGGUGGAAUCAUCGGUAGUCUCUUCAAGAAGCUCCCGACGAUCGGCAACUCACGGACGGAGGCGCAGCAAUCGCAGCAGGGGCAAUCUCGCAGCGAGCUUCUCUCACAGAUCGCACGUCUCCAGAAACAAUACACCGAUCAGUAUGGCCACCAAUACCCCGAAUCGCAACCGCCUGUGCAACAUAUCUACACCAAACCUGCCGCCUACCGUGCUCCGGCUCCGCCGUCCUACCGCAGCUCGGGCGCUCCCAACGCAGAUCUCAACCGAAGCUUAGGCAGCUCACUGGCCGACUUUGACAACAAGUCAUCGAGGGCACCUGGUGGCGUCUCUGGCGGGCAACGGUUCGAUCCCGCUGAAACUGCGGCUCGCAUCGCACGUGAUGAGGACGCCGCGACAGACGAGUACUACGCCUCGCCGGACUCACGACACGAGAAGCUCCGACAGGAAGAGGCUUUGGACGAGUUUGAACGUCGAUCCAAGCGAUACCCUUCUGCCAACGACCGUUUCAAUCCUCAAGAUAUGGUCGACCAGCUGGUUCAGGAGGAACAUGCUGCUGUCAAUGCAUUCUCGGCAGCUCACACUACCGAAGAGCGGAAGCGUCUCGAUGAUGAGUUGAAGCGUUUCUCUACCGCUGGCGCCCCAGGGAAAUACUAUUCUCCCGAGGCUGCCGGUGGCAAAUUUGAUCCGAAGGAUACCGCCGCCCGCAUUGCACGUGAGGAGCGCGCCGCUCACGAGGAGUAUGCGUCUGCAUACCAGAGCCCCGCCCUUCCGGAUGACGACCGCCUGGCUCGCUUGGUCGGCAAAUUCCCACAACGGACAUCCGACUCUGCUGCCGCACAGAGGGCAUGGGAGCAGGAGAACGGCGUCGAUCCCGUCACGCCAGAAAGCCACAGUCGCAGUCAGCUCGAGGGCGAAUUGACGAGGUUCGGCGGGAAUGCUCCCCGACGAUUCGACCCACGACAGACUGCCGAGGAGAUCCACCGCGAGACUGGAGCACCAGGUGCGCCUCAACAAGCUCACGAAAGGCUUCCCGAUGACGAGCGCCUCGCGGGUCUGCUUGGUAAGUUCCCUCAAAGAACCUCCGACUCUGCGGCGGCGCAAAAGGCUUGGGAGGAGGAACAGUAUUCGACACCGGUCACGUCAGAUGCCCGUGCUCAACGUCACCUCGAAGAGCAGCUCACCCGUCACACUUCCCGACCUACUUCCGCGUUUGGUCCUGAUGCGCUGUCGCGAGAGAUCGUUCAGGAGCAGACCACACCAUCUCGAGACCAGGACUACCGUCUCCCUGAUGAUGCUCGUCUUUCGAAGCUCGUCGGCCAAUAUCCUUCUGGCUCCUCUGCUGAGUCUCGCUUCCAUGCUGAGAACGCACGAACGCCUGCGACGUCCGAGUCCCGCGAUCGCUCUUACCUCACCAGUGAGCUUGCCAAGCACAAUCAAUCGGCAUCGGCGUUCGAUCCUGCCACCACCGCUUCUGAGAUCGUCCGUGAUGAUUCGAAAUACUACGAGGAGCAUCAAGAGCAACACAGCUCUUUCCUACCAGCUCAUGAAGAGUCCCGGUUUGCCCGCCCCUUCACUUCGGAACCCGCAUCCGCCUUUGUGACUCCCGAUCACCACGACGCCUCUGCUCACGACAGCGAGCACCAUCCUGCCGCGGCCCUCAACGACUACGAAACCUCUCCUGUGGCCGCCCGCAUCGCCGCCCAGCGUGUGGCUCCUCCACCCAGGUACACCAUCCUGGCAUACGAUGCUUCCCGCGGCAAAGUCGAAGUCGCCGAGACCUUCUCAUCCUUCAUGGGCGCCGAGGACGAACAUCUCGAACAAGGCCCCCCGGAUCUCGCCCGACUAGAGAACCCUCAAGUCUUCGAAGCCCACCUCAACCAUCUCACCAAGGAAAAGGGCCUGAACGUCGUCGCCGUCGGAAGGGAUUGGGUCGCCUUGUCGACUCCAGCGUCUUCUACUUCAUCGGCCAGCGCAUCUGUCCAGCAAACCACCAAACCCCGCUCCACCCCGACCUCGGCUUUCUCCCUCAAGUCCUUCUUCGGACGCGGUCCUGUGAGUUCUAACCACCGUUCUUCGAACCUACCUCCCUCCCAUAAUUCACCUCCACCUUCAUCUCCAUAUUCUCCCCCGAGGGUCCCCAGCACCGGGUCGAACGACGAGAGUCAUGUGUUCGCUCCCGCCGCUGUUCCGCCUGCAUCCUCGAGAUCGGCCUCCUCCUUUUCUGCCACUCCGAGAAAAGGGCCGUCGCACACCCAUAAUAUACAAUGCCGUAUGCGAACCCCAGCUUACGAUGGAUUUCCUCCCCACAGUGAGCAGCCUUCCGUCAACGUCAACGGCGAAAACUACAACCUUCAAGCCAGCGAGCGCGAGGACAGGAAUAACCCCUUCCGCGACCGCCGCCGCCACCGGCAUCGUCCGCGGACUUCCCACCACCGCCGCCGCCAUCAUCGCCGCCGCAGCCGUGUCACAGCUGUCCUGCUCUGGUCAGCGAGCGUCGGCGUCGGCGCGGUGGCGCUGGCUUACGUUGUCGGCGCGGUCGCGGAGGGAGUUUCUUGAUGAGGGUCGAUGAACGGGACGGAAUGUAAUGGAGUAUCCGGGGGUUUGGGACUCUGUGUGAUGGGGUUCUGUGGAAUGGGAAUUCUGUGAUGGGAGAAGAAAG